UUGACAGCUUCUUCUUGCCCAAUGGAAAUGAGUCUUCGAUGUGAUUGGGCAGAACUAACUUCUGACGUUGUCCUGAAUAGCCACCAAUUAUACAUAGGACUUUAGCCUAUCACCUUAUUUGCAUAAGAGGCUAUAUAUGAAAAGAACACUUUGGAACUUUAUCAUACUGUUUCUUACUCUUCACGGCGUUUGAGCUACUCUAAGUCAUGCCUGAACCCGCCAAAUCCGCUCCGGCGCCCAAGAAAGGCUCCAAGAAGGCGGUGACCAAGGCGCAGAAGAAGGACGGCAAGAAGCGCAAGCGUAGCCGCAAGGAGAGCUACUCCAUCUACGUAUAUAAAGUGCUCAAGCAGGUCCACCCCGACACCGGCAUCUCGUCCAAGGCCAUGGGCAUCAUGAACUCGUUCGUCAACGACAUCUUCGAACGCAUCGCGGGCGAGGCGUCGCGCCUGGCUCAUUACAACAAACGCUCGACCAUCACCUCCAGGGAGAUCCAGACGGCCGUGCGCCUGCUGCUGCCCGGGGAGCUGGCCAAGCACGCCGUGUCCGAGGGUACAAAGGCCGUCACCAAGUACACCAGCGCUAAGUAAACUUGAGUUGGCAGCAAACGCAACCAUAAAGGCUCUUUUAAGAGCCACCUCUAUUCUCAAGGAGAGAGCUGGUGCUUGUUUGCCUUCUCUGCUGGUCUUUUGUAACUCGUUGAGUAUUUAGUAUGCGUGAUAGG